AUCUCUUUGUGCUUGGUUUCCUUCAUUGCUUUUCAAGGAAUAUAUUCGGUUCGAAUCAAAGGUUUUCUCUAAAGAGUGAAUAGAACGAGAACACUAACAGGUAGUGCAAGGAAAUCGUUACCAUGGAUCCCUACCACCAGAACGGCAAGAAGGAGAAUAAGAAAAUGGAUGAAGGCACGUCAAAUUCGAACACAGAUGGGAGGUCGGGCACUUGGGUUAUGGGCAAUCCUGUCCCACCUCAAGCCCAUCCAGACAACCAGAAGGCUGCGACUUGGGUUGCGGGAGAAGCCAUUCCUUCUUCCGAUCAGGCGACUCUUAAUGCUAACUACAUGAAAUACUCUGUUCCUCCGGUAACUAAUGGGAAUGUUGGUGGUGGUAAUGGUGGCAGCAGCAUGCCUCCGCCUACCAAUCCUUACGUCCAGACAUCUCCUGUUUCUGGAUCAUCUGGGAAGAGUCCUAUGGAUACGAUCCUUAAUGUGUUGGGCCGUUUCGGGAAACAGGUUGAAGGUUGUGCCAAAAAAGCUGAGGGUGUUACCGAAAACGUCUGGCAUCACCUGAAAACCAGUCCUAGUUUUACUGAUGCAGCCAUGGCAAGACUUGCCCAGGGGACAAAGGUUCUUGCAGAAGGUGGGCAUGAGAAGGUUUUUCAGCAGACUUUUCAGUUGUUACCAGAAGAAAAGCUGCUGAAGCCAUAUGCUUGUUAUCUUUCAUCGUCCUCAGGACCUGUUAUUGGGACACUCUAUCUUUCCAACAAAAGAGUGGCCUUUUGCAGUGACAAUCCACUCUGUUAUUAUCCUGCCCCAGGACAGAAAGAAUGGUUAUAUUACAAGGUGGCUGUGCUGCUUGAUCAGUUGGUAGCGGUAAAUCCUUCUUUUAACAGAAUGAACCCUUCUGAGAAGUACAUCGAGGUCGUCACUGCAGAUGGCCAUGAAUUCUGGUUCAUGGGUUUUGUAUCAUAUGACAAGGCACUCAAGAAUCUAACCGAAGCUUUACAGCACCAUGGUGCAUUUUCCAGUGUAAACCAACAGAACUAGUUAGUUCAUAUACCCUUGUGGUUAUGUGAUGUAAACUGGCAUGUUAGCAUGUAGAAUGUCUAAAAAUGUAUUAUUUAAGAGUGAUGCAGGAGAACCUUAUCUGAACUUUUGCUUUAUUCUUUUUUUAUGGACUGAUGUAU